ACUUAAACACCAAUUAUCAGUUAUUAAUUUCUAAAAAAUUAAACAAACAAACGACAGAUAAGCUAUCUACAGAUCAUUCGCGACAUAACGUGAACCGCCUUGCUGAAUAGGAACUCCGAUAGUAUACAAAAAUAAAAAUUAGUUGUUGUUGUUGUUGAUGUUGUUUUUUUGUUCAUGUUGUGAAAUGAUAUGAUGAGUAGAGAUUAAAAAAAAAAAAUUCAAAAUUAGGGUUUUGAAGGGAGUGAAUUACCUUUUCAAUUUGGAGCAAACUGGGGAGUAAAACCUCCCGAUUGAGGCAGUGUUUCGGUUUCUGUACAGAUUGGCUGGUGCGGUACUGGCAGUCUGCUUCGGAUAUUGACAUUAUGGAAGUUGAUUCCGCUUCUGAUUCAACUCCGCUUAGGCCUCGUGAUCGAAUCGUACGGAGGCUGGUUAAUGUUGGAGUUCCAGAGGAGUUCCUUGAUUACUCUGGUUUAGUUACUUUUGCAAAGGAUAAUGUGUCUCGGAUACCGGAUAUAUUGUCUACUAUCUUACCUCCGGAUGAGGAAGUGGCAGAAGUUAUACGAGAAGGUAAGCCAAAGAAUAAAAGGGUCUCAGUGGGGCCAACCAUGAAACACAGAUAUCGUGAGAGCAUGUUGUGGUUGCAGUGGUUAAUGUUUGAGGGUGAACCAGAGAAAGUUUUGAAGAAGUUAUCCAAGAUUGGGCAGCGUGGUGUUUGUGGGGCUGUUUGGGGAAAUAAUGAUAUAGCAUAUAGGUGCCGAACAUGCGAACAUGAUCCGACUUGUGCAAUUUGUGUUCCUUGUUUCCAGAAUGGGAACCACAAGGACCAUGAUUAUUCAAUUAUUUACACUGGUGGUGGAUGCUGUGAUUGUGGGGAUGUAACCGCAUGGAAGCGUGAGGGCUUUUGCUCAAAGCAUAAAGGUGCAGAGCAGAUACAGCCCCUUCCUGAGAAGUUUGCAAACUCAGUUGGGCCCAUUCUGGAUGCCCUUUUCAUUUGUUGGAAAAACAAACUAGCAUCUGCAGAAACAUGUGGUCAGGAAAAUUCUAGAGUGAUUGAUCGUGUUUCAGAACUUAGGAAGGUUGCAAAUGAGUUAACUUUUGCACUGGUUGAGAUGCUUUUAGAGUUCUGCAAAAACAGUGAGAGUCUGCUUUGUUUUGUUUCCAAGAGGGUGAUCUCUUUGGCUGGUUUAUUGGAGAUUCUGGUAAAGGCUGAGAGGUUCUUGAGUGAGACGGUUGUGAGGAAACUCCAUGAGUUGCUCUUAAAACUGUUGGGAGAACCUGUCUUCAAAUAUGAGUUUGCUAAAGUAUUUUUAAACUAUUACCCAGAUUGUGUGAAUGAAGCCAUUAGAGAGCGCAAUGAUGAUGCUAUAAAGAAGUAUCCACUACAGUCUACUUUCUCUGUGCAGAUCUUCACGGUGCCAACUCUGACACCACGUCUUGUUAAAGAGAUGAACCUACUGGAAAUGCUAUUGGGGUGUUUGGUAGACAUUUUCAUUUCCUGUGCUGGAGAAGAUGGGUGUUUACAGGUUACAAAGUGGGCCAAUUUGUAUGAUACCACUAAUCGUGUGAUUGGAGAUAUUCGAUUUGUUAUGAGCCAUGCUGCAGUUUCAAAAUAUGCAACCCAUUGCCAACCAGAUAUCUCAAGAAUUUGGAUGAAAAUCUUGGCUUUUGUGCAAGGGAUGAAUCCUCACAAGAGGGAAACUGGCAUCCAUAUAAAAGAAGAAAAUGAAUUUGUGCACUUUCCUUUAGUUUUAGAUCAUUCUAUUGCAAACAUUCAACCACUUUGGGUGGAUGGAGCAUUUUCUUUUGCUGGUAGUGAAGAGGCAAAUGAUGAUUUUAACAUGAAGGAUGCUGGUUAUGGAGAUAGCUUAAGACAUGCAAAAGUAGGACGCCUUUCCCAGGAAAGCUCUGUAUGUGGUGCAAUGGGGAGGAGUAGUUCAUCUGAUUGUACAUCAAAGGCCACUGAUGUUAUAUCUGAAACUGUUUAUGAUGUUUUAGUCCCUCCACCUGUCACUUCACUGACACACCAGUGCUUGAGGGCUAUGGAAAAUUGGUUGGGUGUUGAUGAUAAUGCAUCUGCUUCUCUUCAAGACGUACUAUCUCCAAAUACCAACAGCGUUUCUGGUAACAACUUCUUUGCAUUGAAGAAAACAUUAUCUAAGAUUCGAAAAGGUAAACAUAUUUUUAGUAGACUUACCGGCUCGGGUGAAGUUCCAGCUACAUGUAUCACUAACAGUAGAGCAAUGAUUACCAAUGAAAGUGACAUAGUUGCAUCCUGUUCUGCUGGUUCUAAUGAGAGUGGAAUGGAAGGAGAAGACCUACGUGUUCUAAAUCUGUCUUAUUGGCCAGACAUAAUUUAUGAUGUCAGUCUGCAAGAUGUAUCAGUUCACAUACCUUUACAUCGAUUACUUUCAUUGACUCUACAAAAAGCAUUAAGAAGGUGUUAUGGUGAAUCUGCAGCUCCAAAACUUACUGGCACUGAUUCUGAAAAUUCAUUAUCAGCAGUCCCCAUGGACUUCUUUGGGCAUGUCCUUGGGGGAUGCCACCCUUACGGGUUUUCUGCCUUCGUUAUGGAGCAUCCUUUGCGAAUUAGGGUAUUCUGUGCCCAGGUUCAUGCUGGAAUGUGGCGUAAGAAUGGGGAUAGUGCUCUGUCAUCUUUUGAGUGGUAUCAUUCACUUCGUUGGUCUGAACAGGGUUUAGAGCUUGAUCUGUUUCUGUUGCAGUGCUGUGCUGCAUUGGCUCCACCUAAGCUUUUUGUCAAUAGAAUUAUAGAACGCUUUGGGCUGUUAAGCUACCUUUCUCUUCUUCCUGAACGUUCAAGCGAGUAUGAACCUGUUCUGGUACAGGAGAUGCUCACUUUUGUGAUACAGAUAAUCCAAGAAAGGCGAUUUUGUGGGCUAACAACUGCUGAAAGUUUGAAAAGAGAGUUGGUUCAUAAAUUAGCUAUUGGAGAUGCCACUCAUAGUCAACUGGUUAAAUCUCUGCCACGUGACCUCUCCAAGUUUGACCAACUCCAGGAAAUUUUGGAUACAGUCGCUAUGUACUCGAAUCCAUCUGGUUUUAAUCAGGGAAUGUAUUCACUGCGAUGGCCAUAUUGGAAAGAACUGGAUUUGUAUCACCCUCGUUGGAGCUCUCGAGAUUUUCAAGUUGCAGAAGAGAGAUACUUGCGAUACUGUAGUGUCUCUGCAUUGACCACUCAGCUGCCCAGGUGGACAAAGAUAUAUCAUCCUCUUGAGGGCAUAGCUAGUGUUGCUACAUGUGAAGUCAUCCUUAAAUUAAUCCGUGCAGUGCUAUUUUAUGCUGUUUUCUCUGAUAAAAUGACAGAGCCUCGUACUCCUUAUAGUGUUCUUCUAACUGCAUUGCACUUACUCGCAUUAGCAUUAGACAUCUGUUUUCAGAAAAGGAAGUCUGGAGAUCAGUCAUUUGGAGAAUCAAUUCCCCUAUUAGCUUUGGCAGCUGAAGAAAUUCCUGAGGGGUUACAUUAUGGUGCUGGUAACCAGAGCUUGUUAUCGCUUCUUGUUUUCUUGAUGGGGAUGCACAAGAAAGAAAAUUUUGACAACUUACUGGAAGCAGGCCAUUGCAAUAUUUCUUCUUUGAUUGAAAGCUUACUUAAGAAGUUUGCUGAGAUUGAUUCUAGAUGCAUGACCAAACUGCAACAACUUGCACCUGAAGUUGUUAGUCAUUUAACAUUAUCUCAUCCAAGUAGAGAUACAGUAGUAUCACGGUCAGAUUCUGAUGGUGAGAAACGCAAGGCAAAAGCGAGAGAGAGACAGGCUGCCAUAUUGGAAAAAAUGAAAGCUGAGCAGUUCAAAUUUUUGUCAAGCAUUAGUUCAGAUGCUGACGAUGAUUCCAAAUCUAAGCCAGAAGUAAGUAACUCUGAUUUGGAUCAUGAUUCUGAAGAGUCUGUACAAGAUGUCUGCUCUCUCUGCCAUGAUCCGAAUUCCACAACUCCUGUUUCUUACCUGAUUCUGCUCCAGAAAUCUAGGCUUUUGAGCUUUGUCAAUAGAGGGCCCCCCUCAUGGGAUCAAGUUCACCGAUUAGGCAAGGGGCAUGACUCUAUGACCGCAGAUAAGAUGACUGAUCAAUUAGGAACUAACACUUCUUCAAGUGCACAGAUGACUGAGAAUGCAGUCAAUCAAUAUUAUAAUGGAAAACCUGGGGAAGUAAAUGCACUUCUUGAAUUUAUUAAGGCUCAGUUCCCUUCAGUGAGAAAUAUACAUGUACCUUCUGCAUCCAGUAAUGGAAGAAAAAGUACUGCAUCCACCUUGGAGAUGUUUGAGCAAGAUAUGUAUUUCUCUAUUUGCAAAGAAAUGCAUGAUAAUGUGCCAAGUGAAAAUCUUAUGGAGGAGGAUGGACACUCAGCUGCUGUAGGUGGUCUUGAAAGUAGUCGGCGUGCUGAAUCUGUCUUGCUUGCAAAAUAUGUAGCCGCUCUUUCAAUAGAGAUGGGAGAAAAUCCUUCGGCUUCUGAAACUUCUCGUGGUGAUAGAGCAGGAACAGAAUCUACUUCGCAACCUAUAGCUUAUGAUGGAUUUGGUCCCAUAGAUUGUGAUGGAAUUCAUCUUUCGUCUUGUGGGCAUGCUGUGCAUCAGGGGUGUCUUGAACGUUAUUUAUCAUCAUUGAAAGAAAGAUAUAAUAGAAGAAUUAUUUUUGAAGGAGGGCAUAUUGUGGAUCCAGAUCAGGGGGAGUUUCUUUGCCCUGUAUGUCGACAGUUAGCAAACUCUGUCUUGCCUGUGCUGCCUGGGGAUUUCCAGAAGGUUUACAAGCAACCUAUGAUUUCGGGUAGUGGUUCAUCACUUGUUGGCAACUCAUUUCCACCAGGGGCAGAAUUUAAUUCUCUCUGGCUUCAGCAAGCUUUGUCUCUCUUGCAAUCUGCUGCCAAUGUGGUUGGAAAAGGUGUUUUGAUUGAAGCUUUUCCUUUACAGAGAAAUGAAAAAAUGGCAUCAAAUCUUGACCUUGUCUCCCAUGUGAUUGGUAAAAUGUAUUUCCAAAACAAACAGAAUAGUUUUUCUGGAUCUGCAAGGGUUAGCCACUCAAUGAUCAUGUGGGACACUCUGAAAUACACUCUCAUGUCAAUGGAAAUUGCUGCUCGUUGUGAAAGGACUUCUUUGACUCCAAAAUAUGAUGUUAAUGCAUUGUAUAAAGAACUUAAAUCUUCUAGUGGAUUUGUAUUGUCUUUACUGCUAAAGGUUGUUCAGAGUAUGCGAAGUAAGAAUUCUCUUCAUGUGCUUCAAAGAUUUAGAGGUGUUCAGCUUUUUGCAGAGUCUAUUUGCUCUGGGGUUUCCAGAGAUUAUUCCAACAGAGCAUGUGAGGGAGGAGGUAAUAUUUUAAAUAUUGUGAAGGAUGGUGAUACAGAAGUGUCAUAUCCUGAUAUUAAAUUUUGGAAUCGGGCAUCUGACCCAGUCCUUGCUCGCGAUCCAUUUUCAUCAUUGAUGUGGGUUCUCUUUUGUCUACCAUGCCCAUUUAUAUCAUGUAAGGAGUCCAUAUUAUCCCUUGUGCAUAUGUUCUACGCUGUGGCUAUAGUUCAGGCUGUUAUUUCAUAUUGUGGGAGACCUGAAUGCAAAAUUAAUGACUUAGGUUCUUCUGAAUGCCUGAUCACUGACGUCUCCAAACUGUUGGGAGGAUUUGGAUCUGCACGGGAUUACUUUAUUUCAAACUAUGUUGACCCUUCUUGUGAUGUUAAGGAUAUGAUUCGUAAAUUUAGUUUCCCUUACUUAAGGCGGUGUGCUUUGCUUUGGAAAUUACUGAAUUCUACUGCCUCAGCACCUUUCUCUGAUAGAGAUGAUAUGUUGGAUCAAUCAUUUCAUGAUAUAAAUGACAUGAUGAACAGCUGUGAUGGUGCUCUAGGUGACCUCGAUGAAAUUCAGGAACUUGAGAAAUUGUUUAAUAUCCCCCCGUUGGAUUUUGUUCUCAAGGAUGAAGUAUUACGCUCUUUAGUAUUUAAGUGGUUCCAUCAUUUUUGCAAGGAGUUUGAAGUUCAUGGUUUUCAAACAAUUUUGUACUCCAACCCAGCUGUUCCAUUUAAGUUAAUGCAACUACCUCAUCUUUACCAGGAUCUAUUGCAGAGGUAUAUAAAACAGUGUUGCCCUGUUUGCAAAUCUGUUCUUAAUGAGCCUGCGUUGUGUCUGUUGUGUGGUAGAUUAUGCUCUCCAAGCUGGAAGCCAUGCUGCAGGGAAAGUGGAUGUCAAACUCAUGCACAGACUUGCGCUGCUGGUACUGGUGUAUUCCUGUUGAUCAGGAGAACAACAACUCUGCUGCAACGGUGUGCUCGUCAGGCUCCUUGGCCAUCUCCCUACUUGGAUGCAUUUGGUGAAGAGGAUGCUGAGAUGCAUAGAGGAAAACCACUGUUCUUAAAUGAGGAACGUUAUGCUGCGCUUACGUACAUGGUUGCUACUCACGGCCUCGACCGGAGUUCUAAAGUUCUUGGCCAAACUACCAUUGGAAAUUUCUUCUUGGUUUAGUUUGGAGUAUAUCUGGGUAGAGUGGUUUUACAAAAUGCUUAAAGAUUGUCAAGUUACCCAUUUUUAGUAUUGUGGAGAAAAUAAGUUGAGGAUCUUCAGUUCAGAUAUCUCUACUGGCAAGUUAUUAUUCUUCUCAAAGUCCGUGGUUGUACAGUUUUCUUUAGGGCUUAAAGAACCCUUGAUGCGCACGUGGUUCAACUUCAACCUGCUUGAUUGGAUUAUAGUCCAGAUAUACAUGAAUUGGUGGCUGGCUGCUUUUGGGUAAAAUUAUUGUGGCAGAUCUUUUGUUGGUUAUUUGGCUAUCCAUUUUAUCUGCCAUUGAAAUUGCCCCCUUUGGUUCACUCCCACCGCUGAUGGAGCUGCAGUAUCAAUACUACAUUAAAUAUUAUGUAUAUAACUUAACCCUUCUGCUGUUAAGCAGCUUGUCAAGAAGUUGAGGUGAUUACUCUGAUUUUUAGUUUAAUCCAAUGGUGAUCUUCCUUUA